CGCGCGGGGGUGACGGAGGGACGGGGACGCGCGGGGGGCGGCGGCGGAGCGGCCGGUGACCGUGGGACGAUGACCCGUCGCGUUGGACGCUGCCCGGUCCCCGGGUUCUGCACAGGCCGCUGUGCCGGUACUUGCUCGGAGUGACUUCACCAGACUUGAAACGACCAGUCCAACACGCAACAAUCCAUCUUGAGCUGUUGUCAUGUCAGCUGAUAUAGCAAUCACUGCUAUUCAGCCCUGUCUUGUAUGUCAUAAGGGACGCAGCCGAUACAGAGUUGGAACAAAGGCCUCUUAUGUGGAUGAAACCUUAUUUGGUCAGUCCAGCAAGCUUCAGAGUUCGGUGGAUGAAUUUGAUCCACCAUGGGUUUCUACAUCUCAAGCUGGUUCUCAGCAACCAUUACUGUGGAGCCCAAGUGCACACUCAAGGGCAAAAGAAGAUAUCAGCCAGGUUCCAGUCCCUCUCAAGUCUGGAGGUACACCGAUCAAAAAGAACAAGUACAGAUUAAAAUGCUGUAAACCCAGCUACUGUGAUGAGUCUCUUUUUGGCCCAAGGCAAGAUGAUGCAAGCUGGGAGCCACCAUGGACUGCAAAGGAUAACAAAAUAAAGAUCCGUCCACUUCUGUGGACUCCUUCACUGCACAAAAUUAGCUCAAGCGCAUUUCGUUCCAGCAGCAACCAGUUGCCACCUGCUGGAGGAAAUCCAGUGAAACCUCUUUAUCCAACCACAAGAGAAUCUUCUACUGACUUCAUUACUGAAUACAAAGGUAAAACUGAAUAUAAAGGUAAAACUGAUUACUGGAAGAGGCCAGAUAGUAAUAAUGCUUCCCCUAAUGACAACCCAUUUCGAAGAAGAUCACGGUCUUUGACUAGGGUGCCUAAUUCUAUAAAAGAGAUUGUGAAGGAAGAUUCAACACAGAAUGUUCCGAGCAAUAUAAAGCAGUUGCGGGGUAGACCAAUUUCAGCUUCUGGACUCUCGGGCUCGCAGCAUUGCUUUAGACCAAGAUCAGGUAGUCUGUCAGAUUCUGCUUCAGCCAGUCGACUCAAGACUACAAGUUCUGUCAAAUUGAACCCACCCUGGAAAUACUAAGGCUGUUUUGCUUUUGGAAGCUGGGGCAGAUGUUUUGAAGCUAUUUUGGAGUAGGAAAGGAACUACAUUUUCAGAUUCCUAAAACCCAAGGAAAUACUGUGCUUCUGAUUAUCUUUGAAUCCAAAGCAAGACAAAUUGAAACAUUUUCUUAAUAAUGGAAAAGCUAGGAACUGUAGAUUUGGUGAAUAAGUAAAGCAGAUGGUGCUCACCAAUACUACUCCUCAUAACUGAGAACAACUUCAGCAUUUCUGUGCACAUAUAUAUGAAAGCAGAAGUCCCAUAGUUGGAUGAGUGAUUGUAGAUGUUUUCUUGACUGCAGUCCAAUACUGAGCUUCUAGAGGCUGUUUGCUCUGCCACUGGACACAUCAUUAAGUUUGGUGGCAGAGGUGAUGAUGUGCAGGAGAGGCUGAAACUACAUUUCAUAUCUGACUUUCUGCUUUAUAUCAGGGAGGACUGACAUAGGGGUGGUACUGCACCACAGCAAAAUUUAUUCACAAAGUCUGUGCCAAUUUCUGUGUGUCAUAGAGUCAUCGAGCACAGAAACAGGCUUUUUGGCAUGCUAUGACCCUGUCAACCUAUCCAAAGUAAUUCCAUAUAUCAGUAUUUGGUUCACAGCCUUCUAUAUGUUGGCAAUGUUCUCCUACAGAUACUUGUUAAAGGUUGUGAGAUAACUGCCUUCCAUUCGAACAGUGUGUUCUAGAUUCCAACCAACCUCAAGGUGAAAAAGUUCUUCCUUAGAUCCUCUCUAAAUAGGCAAAAAAAAAUCAAAUGGAGUAUAAUUCGGCAAAAUGUGUAAGUUACCUUGGAAGGAAAAAUGAUUAAAAUAGAUUAUUAUUUAAAUGGAGAAAGCUGCAGCAUAAAGGGAUUGGGAGAUGUGGAUUCGUGAAAUACAAAGCUAAUGUUAAGAUAGAGGUGGUAAUCAAUAAAGCUAAAGGAAUGCAGGCUUUUAUGACAAGGGGGUUGGUGUAUAAAAGUAGAGAAGUCUUGCUGGAACUGUAGAAGACAGUGGUGGGUCCACAUGUAGAGUACUGUGAACCCAAGGCAGUUCAGAGAAGGUUCACUAGGAGUCUAGGACCAGAAGGCAUGCCCUCAGAAUAAAGCAGCAUCCAUUUAAAACUUUGAUAAGGAAGAAUUUCUUCCCUUAAAAGGUUGUAAGAACUGCCCUAGAAAUCCGUUGAAGCUGAAUCCUUGAAUAUAUUCAAAGCUGAGAUAGACUUUUAAUCAGUAAGAGAAUCACAGAUUAUAGGGAAAGGGCAGGAGAAUAGGAAUGGGCUUGAGAAAAAUUGGAUCAGCUAUGAUUUUAUGGAACGUUGGCCUACUAAUCUUUCUUAUGGAGUUAACUCAUUGAAUUUUUUACAGGGUUUGACAAGAUAGAUGUGGAGUUGAUGUUUAAUCUAGCUGUGAUGUCUAGAAUCAGGUUUAUAGUAUCAAAAUAAGGGGUUACAUAUUCAAACUGAUACAGUUUUGCCUGAGCCAGAGAGCAUGGCCUGUCCAGAAUUGUCUUUCUUUUUAGCACAUGGAAGAUGAAUAUACCAGCUGUGCCCAUAUGAUGAAUUUUCAUUGUGGAGUAUCCUGUCAAAACCCAGGGUGCUCUGGUACCCGUGCAGCUAGCUCCAGACUGCAAGUUCUGAAUAGAAGAACUCCACAAGCCAAAUACAAUCUUAAAUUUUGGGCCAUAAUGUAGUGUAGGAUAAAUACUGUCCAGCGGCCAUACCACGGAGGUGUAAAACUGGAACCUGUUAGGUUAGGAUUGUCCUAAAUAAAGAGAGAUAAGGAGUCACCCUUGCUUGGUUUACUUAGUGUAUCUGUAUAUAGUUCAGCUUUUCUCAGAGGUUCUGCCUAUGAGAAAAGUAUCAGUCCCCUGUGCAGAACAGAGCCUAUAACUAAGGCUGACUCUUCGAUGCACUACUGAAGGAAACUUGCAUUUUCAGUGGUGAUGGAUUUUAGAAAAGGCAUUAAAGCCAAGUCCCUUUGUCUCCUUGUGCAAGUAAGAACAGUGCGUAAUUCUUGUGGCUGACAUUUACCUCAUUACUCUUUGAUGGGCCUUAUUACAUAUAUUUUAUCUGCUGAGUUUGCCUAUAAUUCAUUGAUUAGAAGACAUUUUGAGAGGUUGGGACAAUGAAAAAAUCCAAGUUCAAAGCUAAAUUGUAACUUUAAUUUUUCUUUUAAGUCAUAUUCAAUGAUUGUAGCCUACCUAUACUUUUUAUAAUGGAGCUAUAAUGUAACCUUUGUCAGUUAUUCAAAUAUUUGUAAUUGUGGGUUUUUUUGCUAAUUGUCCAAUUUAAUCAAAUGAAAUUCAGACAAAACAUUUGUACUCGAUAUCAUGUAUACAUUUAAGAAUUGUUCAAAUAAUGAGCUAUUGACAGAAAUAAUCUAUAUAUUAAACCCAAUAAAUUGAGUCACUUUGUGGAUU